AAGUGUGAAUAAAUAAAGAAGCUAAAUAUAUAAAUCACAACAUAUAAUUAUUGAUUAUAAAACAUACCUUACCUUACCUCUCCAUCUCAUCUGUAUCCAGUCUGCAAAAAACGAGUGUAAUGAUGGAGGUCUGCAAUGUCAGGACUGUCUCCCACACAGCAGGGGGCGCUACAGAGGAACGCGUCCAAACCAGUGUUCACCUUCCACCCGGCGGCUCUCCUACAGGGACACACAUGUUACAGAACACAGAUGGAUGUUUUCAUCAAGCGCAGCGCAUCACAGAUGGAAGUCAACACCGAGAAGACCAGCUCUCCAGAGCUGCUUUCGUGCGGCCACGGAGGAGGUAUUCAUGACAAAUUGCUGCUCAAACCGAAGCUCAGCAGCUCGUUGCAGACCGAGAAGGUUCCGAGGAGCAGCGUGUUGGGACGCCUUCAGAAUUUCCUGCCCCAGAUGGCCGCAGCUAACGACAAGUUGAUGGUGCAGAUCCAGGAUUCUCCCGCCGGACAGUUCGACAUAGAGCAAGUGGAGGAUGCGGAGCGGGUCAUAGAGAUGGACGUCGCCUUAGUGGAGCUCAGUGGAUCUGAGGAUGAGGAGGAGGAGACAUCGGAGGAGGAAGAGGAGGACUCCUCUGAUGAGGAGCAGGAGGUGAACCUCAAACUCCCCAGCGACGGCAGCAGGAAGAAGAGAGCCAACAUCCAAGUCCUGGAGACGAAGGCGCAGUAGGAAGGGGCGUCAACAGACUCUUUAAAGAGACGCUCUCCGAGACGCCUGCCCGUUGGGCCUCGGGAAGGUCACAUGGGACACGUCCGGACCAAUGAGAAGCCUUCCAUCUUCUACGCUGUUUAGUGUCGUUGUAAAGGUUAUCAGGCGGUUAUAAAUGCGAAACGACCACAGCGAGCCCCUCCAACUUGGAUGUUCAGUUGGGUACAAUACGUUACCAUUUUUAAAGGUGACGUAUUAUACCAAAAGGUGUGAGUGCGAUAAGCCGUUUUGAAAAUAGGCCUCUUCUGACAUCACAAGAGGGCGUGUCCAUCCACCUGGAUGUGUGCUGGAUAGACCAGUCUACCAGCCUACCCAGUGGACUGUCGCAAACUGCUCAUCUAUCCCUCAUACAUCUAGGUGGACGCGCCCACUUGUGAUGCCAGAAGAGGCGGAUUUUCAUACGGCUUGUAACGGCUAAUCACACUCACACCUGGUGGUAUAAUAUGUUGCCUUUUUAAAGCUUGUUUCUAGGGCAACAGAAGUUUAUAUGGGUGUGCCUCUAUAUACAGGCCCUAUAUGUACAGGGCCUGAUGAUUACAGGUGCACUAUAUGUACAGAGCCAGUAAACGGGCCUCACUGGACACACAGCCAGCAAGGAGCUGGUUGGUAGCCAGUCCAAUGUGGUUUCAUUUGUAAAUGCUAUCUUCUGUUCGGUCACCACAGGCUAUUGUCAGACUUGAAGCACCAAUCGCCUCUUGUGCUGGGAGAUGUCCCUCGAUAUAGUCUGAGUUUGAGUGAGAUCACUAGAUCAGUUGUAAUAAUCGUACUUUGAGCAGGAGCUGGAACAUCUGGGGUUUGCAAUCUCACCCCACAUUGUUCUUGUAAUUUAUCCGUUACAUUCAGGGUCCAAUGUCCACGAUAUAAUUCUGAUUUGUGCUGUAAAUAUGUCUGCUGUAGGUCAAGAUAAAGAAUUUUGCUACUGAAA